AUGUGGAUCAUGAUGCGCCGUGAGAAACGUGAUCGUCGCCACUUCAAACGAAUGCGCUUCCCGCCUUUCGAUGACGAGGAGCCGCCGCUAGACUACGCGGACAACUUGCUGGAUGUGGAGCCGCUGGAGGCCAUUGAGAUGGAGCUCGAUGAGGACGAGGACGCGGCCGUGUACGAGUGGCUUUACGACCACCAGCCGCUCAAGUACACCAAGUUCGUUAAUGGACCCAGCUACAAGAAGUGGAAGCUGCCCCUGCCGGUGAUGGCGACCCUGUAUCGACUGGCCGGCCAGCUGCUUACAGAUUUCCCCGACCGCAACUACUUCUACCUUUUCGAGCCGCAGGCGUUCAUCACGGCCAAGAGUCUCAACAUGUGUAUCCCGGGGGGCCCCAAGUUUGAGCCUCUGUUCCGGGACAUGGACACCCGCGACGAAGACUGGAACGAGUUCAACGAUAUUAACAAGCUCAUCAUCCGGUCGCCAAUCCGCACGGAGUAUAAGGUAGCGUUUCCGUACCUGUACAACAACCGGCCUCGGAAGGUCCGGUUGAGCGUGUACCACCAUCCCAUGUCGAUGUACAUUAAGACGGAGGACCCGGACCUGCCGGCCUACUACUACGACCCGCUCAUCCAUCCCAUUGCGGCGUACCGUUCUGCCACGGGUGGCCGCAGGGCACAGAUUGAGCAGGAGGUGGGCGGAGAAGACGACGAGUGGGCGCUACCGGACGGUGUGGAGCCGCUGCUGUGCGAGCAGCCGCUGUACACCGACAACACCGCGUCCGGCAUUGCGCUGCUGUGGGCGCCCAAGCCUUUCAACCAGCGUUCCGGGCACACGCGCCGCGCAUUUGACGUGCCGCUGGUUAACAACUGGUUCCAGGAGCACUGCCCUCCGUCAUAUCCCGUCAAGGUGCGCGUCAGCUAUCAGAAGCUGCUAAAGAAUUACGUUUUGAACAUCCUACACCACCGGCCGCCCAAGAGUGUGAAGAAGAAGUACCUGCUGCGCGCGCUCAAGGCCACAAAAUUCUUCCAGUCGACAGAGCUGGACUGGGUGGAGGUCGGCUUGCAGGUGUGCCGGCAAGGUUACAACAUGCUCAACCUGCUGAUCCACCGCAAGAAUCUGAACUACCUGCAUCUGGAUUACAACUUCAAUCUGAAGCCCGUCAAAACGCUGACCACCAAGGAACGCAAGAAGAGUCGUUUCGGUAACGCUUUCCACCUGUGCCGUGAAAUUCUCCGCCUGACGAAGUUGGUGGUGGACGCGAAUGUGCAGUUCAGGCUGGGCAACGUGGACGCGUAUCAGCUGGCGGACGGCCUGCAAUACAUUUUCUCGCAUGUCGGCCAGCUGACGGGCAUGUACCGCUACAAGUAUCGGCUGAUGCGACAAAUCCGCGUCUGCAAGGACCUGAAGCACCUGAUCUAUUACCGCUUCAAUACGGGACCGGUCGGCAAGGGCCCGGGCGUGGGCUUCUGGGCGCCCAUGUGGCGCGUCUGGCUAUUCUUCCUGCGUGGUAUUGUGCCGCUCCUGGAGCGAUGGCUCGGCAAUUUGCUGGCGCGCCAGUUUGAGGGCCGCCAGUCCAAGGGCAUCGCAAAGACGGUCACCAAACAGCGCAUUGAGUCUCACUUUGACCUGGAGCUGCGCGCGGCGGUGAUGCACGAUAUCCUGGACAUGAUGCCUGAGGGCGUAAAGCAGAACAAGGCCCGCACCAUUCUACAGCACCUUUCGGAGGCGUGGCGCUGCUGGAAGGCCAACAUCCCAUGGAAGGUGCCCGGCCUGCCCGCACCUGUCGAGAACAUGAUCCUACGGUACGUGAAGCAGAAGGCGGACUGGUGGACCAACGUGGCGCAUUAUAACCGUGAGCGCAUUCGCCGCGGUGCCACGGUGGACAAGACGGUGUGCCGCAAGAAUUUGGGCCGCCUGACGCGCCUUUACCUGAAAGCCGAGCAGGAGCGGCAACACAAUUACCUGAAGGACGGGCCGUACGUGACGCCCGAGGAGGCCGUCGCCAUUUACACCACUACCGUGCACUGGCUGGAAAGCCGCAAAUAUAGCUGCAUUCCAUUCCCACCGCUUAACUACAAGCAUGACACCAAGCUGCUUAUCCUGGCGCUUGAGCGGCUUAAGGAGCAGUAUGUAGUGGCGGUGCGACUUAACAGCCAGCAACGUGAGGAGCUGGGCCUGGUGGAGCAGGCGUACGACAACCCGCACGAGGCGCUGCAGCGCAUUAAGCGCCAUCUAUUGACGCAGCGCUCCUUCAAGGAGGUGGCGAUCGAGUUCAUGGACUUGUACAGCCACCUGAUCCCUGUCUAUGAGGUUGAACCACUGGAGAAGAUUACAGACUGUUACCUAGAUCAGUACCUCUGGUUCGAAGCCGACAACCGCCACCUGUUCCCCAACUGGGUGAAGCCUGCCGAUACCGAGCCCCCGCCGCUGCUGGUGUACAAGUGGUGCCACGGCAUCAACAACGUGACAAACGUGUGGGACACCACUAACGGGGAGUGCGUGGUGAUGAUGCAGAGCGAGUUCGAGAAGAUGUACGACAAAAUCGACCUCACGCUUAUGAACAGGCUGCUGCGUCUCAUUGUGGACCACAACAUCGCGGACUACAUCACAGCCAAGAACAACGUGGUCAUCGCGUACAAAGAUAUGAGCCACACGAAUUCGUACGGCCUCAUCCGCGGUCUGCAGUUCGCGUCGUUCAUCAUCCAGUAUUACGGCCUGAUCCUGGAUUUGCUACUGCUGGGCCUGACGCGUGCCAGCGAGAUCGCUGGGCCGCCACAAUGCCCGAACGAGUUCCUGACGUUCCGUGACGUCAAGACCGAGACCCGCCAUCCCAUCCGCCUGUACAGCCGCUACCUGAACAGAGUCCAUAUAUUGUUCCGGUUCACCGCAGAGGAGGCCAAGGACCUGAUCCAGCGCUACCUUACGGAGCACCCUGACCCCAACAACGAGAACAUUGUCGGCUACAACAACAAAAAGUGCUGGCCCCGUGAUGCACGCAUGCGCCUCAUGAAGCACGACGUGAACCUAGGCCGCGCUGUUUUCUGGGACAUGAAGAACCGCCUGCCACGCUCGCUGACCACGUUCGAGUGGGACAAUAGCUUCGUGUCGGUGUACAGCCGCGAUAACCCCAACCUGCUCUUCUCCAUGGCGGGUUUCGAGGUCCGCAUUCUGCCCAAAAUCCGCAUGGCGGCCGAGUCGUUCGCCAACAAGGACGGCGUGUGGGCACUGCAAAACGUGCACACCAAGGAGCGCACGGCGCAGGCGUUCCUCCGCGUGGACGAUGAGGGGCUAAAAGCCUUUGAGAACCGCGUGCGGCAGGUGCUCAUGUCCUCGGGAAGCACCACAUUCACCAAAAUCGCGAACAAGUGGAACACGGCGCUUAUUGGGCUGAUGACCUACUACCGUGAGGCCGUGCUGCACACGCAAGAGCUGUUGGAUUUGUUGGUCAAGUGCGAGAACAAGAUUCAGACGCGCAUCAAGAUUGGCCUUAACUCGAAAAUGCCCAGCCGUUUCCCGCCGGUGGUGUUUUACAGCCCCAAGGAGGUCGGCGGCCUGGGCAUGCUCUCUAUGGGCCACAUCCUCAUCCCGCAGUCCGACCUGCGCUACAGCCAGCAGACAGAUUUGGGCGUAACACACUUCAGGGCGGGUAUGUCACACGAGGAGGAUCAGCUCAUCCCCAAUCUCUACCGCUACAUCCAGCCCUGGGAGAGUGAGUUCAUGGACAGCGAGCGCGUGUGGUCGGAGUACGCGCUGAAGAAGGAAGAGGCUAAGGCGCAGAAUCGCCGCCUGACGCUGGACGACUUGGACGAUAGCUGGGACCGUGGUAUCCCGCGCAUUAACACGCUAUUCCAGAAGGAUCGCCACACGCUGGCGUACGAUCGCGGGUGGCGGGUGCGGCAAGAGAUGAAGCAGUUCCAGAUUACGAAGAUGAACCCGUUCUGGUGGACGCACCAGAAACACGACGGCAAGCUGUGGAACCUGAACAACUACCGCACUGAUGUCAUCCAGGCGCUGGGCGGUGUAGAGGGUAUCCUAGAGCACACGCUGUUCAAGGGGACGUACUUCCCGACGUGGGAGGGUCUGUUCUGGGAGAAGGCGUCGGGCUUCGAGGAGUCUAUGAAGUACAAGAAGCUAACAAAUGCCCAGCGCUCCGGUCUAAACCAGAUUCCUAACCGCCGCUUCACGCUGUGGUGGUCGCCAACCAUCAACCGGGCCAACGUGUACGUGGGCUUCCAGGUGCAGCUUGACCUGACGGGCAUCUUCAUGCACGGCAAGAUCCCGACGCUGAAGAUCUCGUUGAUUCAGAUUUUCCGGGCGCACUUGUGGCAGAAGAUCCACGAGAGCGUGGUGAUGGACCUGUGCCAGGUGUUCGACCAGGAGCUGGACGCGCUGGAAAUCGAGACCGUGCAGAAGGAGACGAUCCAUCCGCGUAAGAGCUACAAAAUGAACUCGUCAUGCGCCGACAUCCUGCUGUUUGCGGCUUACAAAUGGAACAUGAGCAAGCCGUCGUUAAUGGCGGAUACGAAUGACGUGUACGACCAGAAGCCGUCGAACAAGUACUGGGUGGACGUGCAGCUGCGCUGGGGCGACUACGACUCACACGACAUUGAGCGCUACACGCGCGCUAAGUUCUUGGACUACACUACCGACAAUAUGUCCAUCUACCCAUCGCCGACGGGUGUCAUGAUCGGGAUUGACCUGGCGUACAACCUGCACAGCGCGUACGGCAACUGGUUCCCCGGCAUCAAGCCGUUGGUGGUCCAAGCGAUGGCCAAGAUUAUGAAGUCGAACCCCGCGCUUUAUGUCCUGCGCGAGCGCAUCCGGAAGGCUAUGGAACGGUUGAGGCACGCGUCGCAAAACUACGGUGAGCUGUUCUCCAACCAGACGGUCUGGUUCGUGGACGACACAAACGUUUACCGCGUUACCAUUCACAAGACUUUCGAGGGCAACUUGACUACGAAGCCCAUUAACGGCGCCAUCUUUAUCUUCAACCCCCGCACGGGCCAGCUCUUCCUGAAAAUCAUCCACACAUCCGUGUGGGCGGGCCAGAAGCGCUUAUCGCAGCUGGCCAAGUGGAAGACGGCGGAGGAGGUGGCGGCGCUAGUGCGGUCGCUGCCGGUUGAGGAGCAGCCGAAGCGCAUUAUCGUGACGCGCAAGGGCAUGCUGGAUCCCCUGGAGGUGCACCUGCUGGACUUCCCUAAUAUCGUUAUCACCGGCUCGGAGCUUCAGCUGCCGUUCCAGGCUGCCAUCAAGCUGGAGAAGUUUGGCGAUCUAAUCUUAAAAGCCACGGAGCCGCAGAUGGUAUUGUUCAACAUCUACGAUGACUGGCUCAAGACCAUUUCCUCCUACACGGCCUUCUCUCGCCUCAUCCUCAUCCUGCGCGCUUUGCACGUAAACCCUGAGAAGGCGCGCGUCAUCCUGCGGCCCGACAAGUCAAUUGUGACGCAGCCGCAUCAUGUGUGGCCAAGCCUUACGGACGAGCAAUGGAUCAAGGUGGAGGUGGCGCUCAAGGACCUCAUUCUGGCGGACUACGGGAAGAAGAACAACGUCAACACGCAGGCGUUGACACAGUCAGAGAUCCGUGACAUCAUCCUGGGUGCGGAGAUCACGCCGCCGUCCCAGCAACGGCAGCAGAUUGCGGAGAUCGAGAAGCAGGCGCGCGAGGGUGGGCACAUGACGGCCGUCACCACCAAAACGACUAACGUCCACGGCGAUGACCUGAUCGUGACCACCACGUCGCCGUACGAACAGGCUGCCUUCGGCUCCAAGACGGAGUGGCGCGUCCGCGCCAUCUCCGCGGCCAACCUGCACCUGCGCGUCAACCACAUUUACGUCAAUAGCGAUGACAUCCGCGAGACAGGGUACACGUACGUGCUGCCCAAAAAUCUGCUCAAGAAGUUCAUCUGCAUCGCCGACUUGCGCACGCAAAUUGCGGGCUACAUGUACGGCGUGUCCCCGCCAGACAACAGCCAGGUGAAGGAGGUGCGGUGCAUCGUGGUGGCGCCGCAGUGGGGCAACCACCAGAUAGUCAACCUGCCCGCGAACCUGCCGGAGCACGACUACCUGAAGGAUUUGGAGCCGCUAGGCUGGAUUCACACGCAGCCCAACGAGCUACCACAAAUGGCGCCGCAGGACGUGAUUGCGCACGCCAAGAUGUUGGAGGCGCAUCGCAGCUGGGACGGCGAGCGCUGCGUGUUGGUGACGGUGUCGUUUACGCCCGGCUCAUGCUCGCUGACGGCAUACAAGCUGACGCCAGGCGGCUACGAGUGGGGCCGCAGCAGCAAGGAUAUCUCGGCGAACCCCCAGGGUUACAAACCGGACUUUUAUGAAAAAGUCCAGCUGCUGUUGUCAGAUCGGUUCAUGGGUUUCUACAUGGUGCCUGACACGGGCUCUUGGAACUACAACUUCAUGGGCGUCAAGCACAGCCCGUCCAUGAAGUACGGCUUGAAGCUGGCGAACCCCAAGGAGUUCUACCACGAGAUCCACAGGCCGACGCACUUCCUGGAGUUUUCGACGCUGGAGGACGCGGACCCUGGCGUGGACGUUGAGAACCAUUUCGCGUAGUCGCCGAGUGAGAGGGGUCCCGCAGGUAUUCUGCUGAUGGACAGAGCAGUUGGUUAUUGAUUUGAAGUUUGCGGCACCAUUCAUGUUCAGUCUACUGAUAACUGAUGUUCUGUCGAUGCUUUCAGGCUAUGUGACCUCUUAGUAGUUGUUAGACAUGAUGUUAGAUAGUUGUGAUGUGGAACGCUGCUACACUUGGGGUUUGACAAUGCGUCGCGUGUGGCCGCAAGCUGGUGUAUAUAAUUUUUUUCAGCCGGCAGGGCGAUGCAAGUGACAAAAUAGGUGUAUGGGUAGAGUAUAUUACCGGUAUGACCAAAUGUAACCCAUUUUUUCGUCUC